AUGAGUUGUCCAACAUUGUUCAAUGCGUGGCUUCAUUCGGCGGCGGAGCAUAUGCAACUCCGCGAACAAUCAAGCAAUCCAUUCAUGCCAAUAUCAGCCCAGGCCACCUAUGAAAAGCUCCUCAUGCAGCGCCAGGCCAUCCUCGGCUUGAAAAAGGUCGUUGAGUCUGGAUGUCAUGAAAGAAUCACGGAUGAAAUUGUGAUGAGCGCUUUGUCGAUAGCUUUGCAUCCCUCUGAACGCCGUAGGAGUGCGGCAAUCCGAAUGAGGUCGGCUCCUUUGUCAAACUUGCAGUUACUUACAACGUUCACGGAUAUGGGUAUAUCGGAUCAACAGGUGCGUGGCUUACAGUACCUCGUCAAGGCUAGGGGCGGAUUCGACGAGCUCAAGAUGCCUGGAUUAAGAGAGGGACUAUCAAGGUGA